AUGGGAAUCUGCGACUUCUGCCAACGGAACGUCCUGGAGUCGGAGAAACUCUGGGGUUAUCACCACUCCGACUUUGUCGACUUCAAGGACGCGGCAGAAUCAGGAUGCGUCUUCUGCGAGAGACUGGCUCACGCUACGCAAGACUUGAAGUCAUGGUUCGAUAACGCGAACGGGACGCCGGCGCUGUAUAGAUGGAAUCUGGGCUUCAUUCCCAACGAAAACAGCUUGGGCGCGGGAACAGACUCCGAAGAAUCGGUGACGCAAAUGGCUGAGUGGGUGAGUAGGUGCGCCAAUGACCACCCGAACUGCAAACGCCGCCACGGCAGCCUUGACUUCAUCCCGACACGCGUCCUCGACGUCGGCACGGAGAAGACCUGGCCGCCGAAACAUGUUAAGCUUGUCGAUACCAAGGAAAUGGGCGUCAAGGGGCCAUACAUGACGCUGAGCCACUGCUGGGGAAAGGGCAAGUUCGUGCAGCUCACCGAGAAGGACAUGGAGGAGUUCACCACGACGGGCAUCCCGUGGGAGACGGCACCUCACGGGCAGGACAUCUGCGGCAACGUCAACUUCGCGCAGGCGCUCAAGAUAACAUGGCUAUUGAAACAGCGGUAUGUCUGGAUCGACUCGGUCUGCAUCAUUCAAGAUAGCAAAGACGACUGGAACGUGGAGUCGAAGCUCAUGCACAAGGUGUACCGCAACUCCUUUUGUAACCUUGCGGCGGCUGUGUCGCCAGACCACACCGGUGGUCUUUUUCGACAGCGACGGCCAGCAGCUGCUCCGUCAGAAGACGAGAUGGGUGGCCUGUUUCAAAGGCGAAGACCAGCGCCUGCUGUAACCCCUACGCGCUAUAUCCCGAUAGGCGUGUCUCCGAGGUUUGGCGGUAGAAGCUGGAGGAUCCUUCCUUCGGACCUCUGGGACCAGAACCUGCUGGGAUGCCAUCUCUACACUCGCGGAUGGGUCUUUCAGGAGCGAAUGCUCUCACUCCGUCUCAUUCAGUUCGGCCACCAGCAAAUAUUCUGGGACUGUGCCACCAAGUCCGCCUGCGAGAUCCUGCCCGACGGGCUCCCCGCCUCCCUCGACACCAGAGCAGGUGUGGACCGGUACUGGCGCCAACGCCUCCAGGAUGCCGCUAUCACGGUCCGCCCGCUGGUGGACACCUCCGAGGGGUCUCUCGAGAAAUUCUGGGAGAGCGCGGUCCGCACCUACACCGCCUGCAACCUCACGAAGUCGAGCGAUAGAAACCCCGCGAUAUGGGGCGUCGCAAAGCUUGUCAGAGACGCGCUGGGCGAGGAGUACGCGUACGGCUUGUGGUCGACGCGAAUCGAGGAGCAGCUCGCGUGGCGGGUGACGGAUCCGGGGAUGUCAUCUUACCCGGACGUGUCGAAUGAGGCCCCGUCGUGGUCGUGGACUCGUCUCCAGGGGACGAUCCAGAUCCCUCCAAGAGUCCACGACCCGCCGCGAUGUUACAAAGUGAUGAGCCACCAGGGGGGUAAUCUCGAGUUCCAGUUUGAGAAGGCUGUCUGGGGUCGGAUCGAGGGCGAGUAUAAGAGGAUCUGGCGGGAGGAGACCAAGAACAUGGACGCUAAACUUAAGCUUACCGUUUCCAGAGCGAAGCGUUCCCAUGGCCAUGGCCCUAAGACUGAGAGCCCGGUGAGGGGUGACAAGCCGAACAUGGACGAGGCCUCGACCCUCCGGUCCAAGGCAAUCGCUCUUCGGGGACACAUUUGCAGGGGCAACGUUCGAGCCGUCCCGAAGAGUGGGCAGUGGGAGUUCACCAUUGGCGAACCUGGUGCAAAGCAAGUGGUUUUCGCAGCGCAUCCUGACGUCGCGCCCUCACAGAACGAGACCCCCUGCUGUUUCCUUCUUCUGGCGGCUUCGAGGCACUUUAUCGAUAGGUUGGGUGAUAAACUGCGAAACAAAGACUAUCUCGAGGACGAAGAUAUCGUGGAUGAACAGCAUUUUGGAGUCGGUAUAUUGGUAGAGCGAAACGGCAACAAUCUGUCAAGAGUUGGUGCUGUUUCGUUCCGGGAUAUUUGCAACGAGGAUUGGAAUCAAUUCCGACGGGCCUGCGGGCAAGACGACGAGGCGUUGAGGGACGAUCUCGACGCCAGGACCGGGGAGGAUUUCUUGCUGAUAUGA